AACCGGCCCUAACUCCCAAGUAUAUGUGCACGCCCCAUUUAUAAAGUCUGAAGUGCGUGCAGUGCCUUUACUUACAGAAACUACAUAUCCACGAGGUCCCUCGGAAAGACAACAGCGUUUAGGAGUGAACUUUACAGCCUGACUCAAAUGGCAUCAGCCGCUGUCUUCGCCCCAGAAAAUGCAGCAAAUCCAGAGCCUGGUGACCUGAUAGAGAUUUAUAGGCCUGCAUAUCAGCACUGGGCACUCUACCUUGGGGAUGGGUACAUCAUCAAUGUGACCCCAGUGGAUGAAGGGCAGCCAGCAUCUUUUUCCAGUACCAAGUCUGUCUUCAGCCGAAAGGCGCUGGUCUGCAUGCAGCUUCUCAAGGAUGUGGUUGGCAGUGACUCGUAUCGAAUCAACAAUAAGUAUGACAACAAGUAUGCGCCACUUCCUGUGUAUGACAUCAUCUCACAAGCACAGUAUUUGAUUGGGCAGGAGGUGUCGUAUGACCUGCUGGGCAAUAACUGCGAGCACUUUGUCACCUUACUUCGCUAUGGUGAGGGUGUGUCAGAGCAGAUGGCAUCAGCCGCUGACUUUGCCUCAGAAAAUACAGCAAAUCCAGAGCCUGGAGACCUGAUAGAGAUUUUUAGGCCUGCAUAUCAGCACUGGGCACUCUACCUUGGGGAUGGGUACAUCAUCAAUGUGACCCCAGUGGAUGAAGGGCAGCCAGCAUCCUUUUCCAGUGCCAAAUCUGUCUUCAGCCGAAAGGCUCUGGUCCGCAUGCAGCUUCUCAAGGAUGUGGUUGGCAGUGACUCAUAUCGAAUCAACAAUAAGUAUGACAACAAGUAUGCGCCACUUCCUGUGGAUGACAUCAUCUCACAAGCACAGUAUUUGAUUGGGCAGGAGGUGUCAUAUGACCUGCUGGGCAAUAACUGUGAGCAUUUUGUCACCUUACUGCGCUAUGGCGAGGGUGUGUCAGAGCAGGCAUCCAGGGCAAUCGGAGCCAUCAGCUUUGUUACAGCUGCUGCCAGCGCCUGCUCUCUGCUGGGACUUGCCCAUAACCGCGCACGCCAGCGACACUUCUAACAAAAUCCUAAGAUGCUGCAGAUGCUCCAGCUUCACAU